CUAUGGCGGCGUCACUGCCGCGACCCAAGAACCGGCUCUUCCGAACGUAUGGGGCUGCCGGCGGCGGGGGGCCGCGGCAGCGGCCGGGCCGCGCAGCCGCGCAGUGGUUCCCGCCGCAAGACCAGAAGCGUUUCUUCAGCAGCAGCAGUAGCACCGACACCAGCGGCGGAGGCCACUCAAGGUCUGUGGCCUCCGACAACCCUGACGACCCCGACUUCCCCGGCAGCCCGGUGCGUCCGCGGCGGAGGCGCGCUGGCCGGCGAACCUGCACGGACGGCCCGAGCCAGAUCGCGACCCCACGACGCCUGAGGCUGCGAGCUCGGCCCCCGCAGAAGUGCAGCACCCCCUGCGGCCCGCUCCGGCCGCCGCCCUUCUUCAGUGCGUGCGGCCGGCCCGGGGACGGUCGCGAGCUGGGCACCAGCGCCUCCCUGUUCAGCUCUCCGGCCUCCCCCGGCCCCGGCCCUGGGUCCCCAGCGCCAGGAGACAGUGUCGUCAGUGCCGUUCCCUCCGCCUCUCUGGACGCAGCCUCUGAAGCCAGCGGCCUCCACCUCCCAGCAGACUCCCUGGACCACACACCUCUACCCUGCUCCCCGGAGGCAGCAGCAGGAGGAGGCAGGUUCGCCAGGUUGGCCCGCCAGGCCCGUGCCAGCCUCAGGUCAGCUCUCUUGAGCCUUGUGGACUCAGGAAACCCUGAGGAUUCUGAGUUUGGGGCAGAUGGUAAGAAUAUGAGGGAGUCCUGCCGUGAAAGGGAACUGGUGGGGAAGAGGCUGGAGGGCCCAGGUUUAUCAAGCAUCGGUAAGAAGAGGGCCACAGACCAGGACUCUUGUCAAGAGAUUGGGUCUCACGGGGCUGUCCAGAUAGACUAUGAGGAGGCCAGUGGUGGCAAGGGCUGUAUUGUACCUGGGGAAUUCAACAGACCUGAGAGAACUCGACCAAGCCAGAAAAGGAAACAUCAGGAGACAGUGGACACCUCCCUCCUCCAUUACCACCAGUUUAAAGAGGGCCAAGAGAUGGAAAAAGAUUCUUUCCUCUCCCAGGACCUGACUCAUUUACAGAAUGCCUGCUCUUGGACCAAAGCCAGGGCUUCCUUCAGUUUGCAUAAGAAGAAGAUGGUGACCACUGUGUCAGAAGUGUGCAGCAGCUACACCAUUGACAGUUCUCUCUCCGGGUCCCUCAUAUCAGAAUAUUCAAACCCUCCUGUCACGAACAGAACAAACAGUGCCCUGUCCCCUUGGCACUCCUCUUCCAUGUAUUUGCUAGCCCCCUUAAAGACACUACAUGUCUCAAACAAAAAGCCAUCUGAUGCUGAAAAGGUUUAUGGGGAAUGCAAUCAGGAAGGUCCUAUCCCCUUUAGCUAUUGCCUUUCCACAGAAAAACUGGAAUGCUGUGAGAAGAUUGGGGAAGGGGUGUUUGGCGAAGUGUUUCAAACAAUUGCUAACAACACACCCGUAGCCCUAAAAAUCAUUGCUAUCGAAGGACCGGAUUUAGUCAAUGGAGCCCAUCAGAAAACUUUCGAGGAAAUCCUGCCAGAGAUCAUCAUCUCCAAAGAGCUGAGCCUCUUGUCUGAUGAGGUAUGCAACCGCACAGAAGGCUUUAUUGGGUUGAACUCAGUGCACUGUGUUCAAGGAUCUUACCCUCCCUUGCUCCUCAGAGCCUGGGAUCGCUAUAACUCAACCAAAGGGUCUGCAAAUGACCGGCCUGACUUUUUUGAGGAAGACCAGCUCUUCAUUGUGCUGGAAUUUGAGUUUGGAGGGAUUGACUUAGAGCAAAUGAGAACGAAGUUGUCCUCCUUCGCUACUGCGAAGAGCAUUCUACACCAGAUCACCGCAUCCCUCGCAGUGGCAGAGGCCUCCCUUCACUUUGAGCACCGAGACUUACACUGGGGGAACGUGCUCUUAAAGAAAACCAGCCUCAAAGAGCUCCAUUACACCCUCAAUGGGAAGACAAGUGCUAUCCCCACCCGUGGGCUGCAAGUCAACAUCAUUGACUACACCCUGUCACGCUUGGAGCGGGAUGGGAUCGUGGUUUUCUGUGACAUUUCCAUGGAUGAGGACCUAUUUACAGGUGAAGGUGACUACCAGUUUGAGAUCUACAGGCUAAUGAGGAAGGAGAACAACAACUGCUGGGGUGAGUAUCACCCCUAUAAUAAUGUGCUCUGGCUGCAUUACCUCACAGAUAAGAUUCUGAAUCAAAUGACCUUCAAGACUAAAUGUAACACCCCUGCCAUGAAGCAAAUGAGGAGAAAGAUCCAGCAUUUCCAUAGGACGAUGCUGAACUUCAGCUCUGCCACUGACCUGCUCUGCCAACACAGUCUAUUUCAGUAAGCCAAAGGUGCCUCAGUGCCCCAGACUGAGAAGGCACUAGUCUUGAAGCCCCUGGUGCUGUUCCAAUCUCCAUCCCCAGAGCAGGUGGAAUUCCCAUUCUUACCUGUUUCCAAUCAGCUUUUCAAACAAGAAUUUUAUUUCCAAGUGGAAACUGAAAUGUCUGUUGAAACGUUUAAACUUAAGAAAUAUUCUUAAAAAAUAAACUAUACAUGAGAACAAGUGCUGACAACUUAUAAGCCCUCUUUCUGUCAGUCUAUUCUGUUAAUUCCUUUCUGUAUUUUCAUUUUUGAGCCCUAACACUUUAUGUAGCCUGAGGAAAAAAAGACUAGGAAAGCCCAAGGCCUCAGCUGUGAUACUGAUGAGAGCCUGUUGCUGUAGGUAUCAGAAGGCUGGCUUUGGGAAUCAUGCUACAGAUGAGGAGUCAACUGAGAGCAAAGAGGUUGUUAGCAAAGCAGAGACCAAGACAGACAGACUGGACAGAGAGAGGAAAGAAAGAUGGUAUACAAUUUAUAGGGAGAGGUGCGAGAUAUGCCACACAUUUAUCAAGCUCAUUUGCCAAUCCCAAAGAGAAGCAGAAUUUAUCAAUUUCCAAAGGGAAAAUAAAUGUCUCCCUGGCUACUAAAAAGGUUUGAAUUUUUGCUUAUUUUU